AGUUAAACACCCAAUCGAUUCAUUAGUGAUAUUAAAUUAUUUGAUACUGAGUUACGUAUAAUAUNAAUGUGAGUCUUUUAAUCUGUUAUUUUAAAUGGAAAAAACGCAUUCAAAGUCGAAAUAAGGAUCAGAUGACUGGCAAACCCAACAUUAGUAAUGCUAAUAAAGUAAAAGUCAAGGUAUAUAAGGAUGCGGUGAACGGAGAGACAAUACUAUUGAAGGCAUUUAAUGAGGAAGAGGUGGACAUAACGACUGCAUUGACGCCAAUCGACGAUCAAUCGACUUAUAUUGACGACACGGACGCAGGAAAACAUUGCGAAGUACUUCUUAUGAAUGAUUUGCACUCGUCUUCGAGUACAUCCAUAGGACAGCCAUUGAAUCACGUUUUGCUAAGAAAUUGCCAGAACUUGCACUUAACAAACGGCUUAUCAUUAGAGGCACAGAAUUGUCCCGAUAUUAUCAAGAAUCCUAAUAUCGAUGAGGUUCUCUUGGGUUCAGUCAGUAAUGGAUGCGAUGAUGACUUCAAGUCAACUCUCGAGUGA